AUUCAAGCUGAACGGACUCGAGACGUAGCUAAACGAGCCAGUCACUUACUAUGGACCAUGUUCAUGGUUUCAAGAUUUACGGUUUCCAGCUGGGUAUCCAGUUUGCAGAUAAGCUACAGUUCAUCAACAUUUGCCUGCAGAAAGUGUACAAUUUUUUAAGGGGCUAUAUCAUCACCCUCCUGUCAUCCCUUAAACGUCCAGUUAGACCCGGUCAGCCACGGUCAACAGAUAUAGGUACUGAUUAUAUAUGCCUGGAAUGGGACAAGAUCGAAAAAGACGAGGUUUCCCAUUAUGAGAUCCGAAUAAAAGUCGCUGGUGAUCAUAUUUGGUCAUCGACAAUUGUUUCUACCAAAGACAGACAACAACCAUUCCAUCGCUUCAACGAACUCCUACAGAACACUAGAUAUGAAUUCAUGGUGCGAGCAGUUUACUCAGAUGGUUGUGACAGCGAUUUUAGCUGCAAGAGUGCGGAAAUAACAACAGGUUGCUCAAAGGUGUGUGGGAUCCUAAAGUACUGCAAGAAGAUAAUUGAUGGGCCACCAAGCGUUUACAGACUUCCUUUAGUUGAGAUACAGUCAUCAAAAGACGAUGAUCAAAAGACAAGAAAAUGUAGAUACGGAAACUCGACUUGUCUUCGAGAGAAAACUGUACUGAUGGUCGGCCCAAGAACAGGAGGGAAAACCACUCUAAUCAACGGACUUGUCAACCACAGUCUUGGUGUGAAAUGGGAACACGAAUACCGAUUGAAAAUUACAGAUGAACCAGAAAUUACAUCUUCCAGACAGGAAUCACCUACUGAAUGGAUCACAAGCUACAAAGUACAUCCGGUCACGACAGACACUGACUUCAUUUUGAAUAUCAUAGACACCCCAAGCUUCCACGAAGGACCAGAAUCGUAUGAAAGAAACCAGAAUCUCCUUCAACGUCUCAAAUUCUUCCUGUCCACCAGAGGUCCCAAGGGUAUGAAUGGAAUAGAUGCUGUUUGCUUCGUCAGUCAGGCCAACCCUGUCACAUUUAGCGGUAUCGACAAGGCCUUUAGCGACAUAUUGGAUGGCAUUGUGUCCAUAUUUGGAGACAACAUGCAUGGGAACAUAAUUCCUAUGCUGACGUUUGCCGACGGGAAAGAGCCAUCCGUGCUUAAAAUCCUCUCAACUGUUGGGGUCCCGACACAGCGUUUCUUUGUCUUUAACAGUUCGACGCUCUUCCCACCGUACACUGAAGACGCUCUGCUUGGAAAGACUUCGUGGAAAUUAAGCUCCAGAGGAUUUGAAGGAUUUUUAAACCAUCUUUCAAACAUGAAACCCUGCCCAGCGUUAAAGACCACUCCGAUGACAACAACACAGCCCAAUAAAAAAAAGGCAACAAGAGAAAAUGACACAUCUGCAGGAAAAUCGUUUGGAGAUUAACGUACAACUCAUGAAUCUCGCGAACGUGCAGUCCGACAGAGAUACUGUGAAGAGGUUUGCUAUCGACAUAGAACACAACAACCCGUUUACGUACGAUGAGGAGGUGUAUCGUCAAGAGAAAAUCCCGCUUGAACCUG